AUGGACAGCAGGACUGGCUUUGAGCAGGACAGAGACUGUGCCACGUCAGGGCAUGGCCAGGGGCUGAAAUUGGAGCCCUGUUCCCAGAAUGACUCUCUCUUGCCUUCCCCCAGUGCAUCCCUGAUUCCACAGCUCCUCAGCCACACAACGGUUGGCAGGAACCUGGAUCCCACCAUUCUGUUCCCUUCCUCUCAGGCAGUGGCCUUACCUCAUGGCUACAAACGUGGUGCAAGUCCUGGAGAAGAAGCACAAGCCCUGGCUUUCCCCAGGACCCGUGCCCCAGCUCCCUGUGCUCAUGAUGGGGACCAGCUCUCCAAGCAGCACCCACGGGAGCAGCUCUGUGACCAGCACUUGCGAGCCAAGCGGGCCAGGGUGGAGAGCAUCAUCCAGGGCAUGAGCCUCCCACCAGCCCCUCAGGCAUUUGACACCAGCCCAGAGGCAGCUUUCAGGCAUGAGAGGGAAAGGGGUGGUGAGGUGCCCCAGGAGAGCAAGAGGAAGGCAAGGGUGCCCCAGCAGGGCGUGGGGACAGCUGGACAAGUGGCUCCCACAGGGAGCAGCUCCCAUGCCAAGGGCUGCCGGCAGCUGAAAGAGCAGCUCUGCUUUCUAGAGCAGCAGUUGAGGUGGCUUCAGGAGAAGUUCUACCAAGUCUGUGAUGCUGAGGAUUCUGCCCAAACCCAGGAAGAUUCACUGCCUGGAAGGCCUGAAGACACACUGAAUAAGGACAGUGGCACUGCCACCAGCAAUCCAUGCAAAGUGCCUCUCAGGAGGACUGUCCUGGAGGUGUGUGGGCUGGAGCAGGCUGAGGACAGAGGUGACACAGGUGGCCUGCCCUUGGCAGUGAGGGUACUCUCACAGGCCCUGAAGCACGAGCUGGCUGUGGUGACAUCCCAGGUAGUGGACUCCGUCCUGAAGACUGUCUGGCCAAAGGCAGACAGCCACAUCCAGAAGGAGCAGCACAGCCUUCCGAUGCUGGGGCCAGAUGCCAGGAGAGAAUAUUCUGCUGGUGGAAAAUGCAGAAAGCCACUUGCUAAGCCAUCUCCCAUGAAUGCACCAGGCUCCCUGGGCUCACCCCAGGCUGAAGUCCUGCCAGGAGCUUCAGGAAAGAGCCUGGGCUCUUAUGCUGGCUCCUUCAGUUCAAAGGAGGUCAGAAAAUCCUCUCAGUUACCCAGCAUGGGUUAUUCACUGGGCUCAGCUACCCCUGUCCAGCACAGCCAGCUGCUGAGCCAGCUGUUGGGCUACAGCCAGCACAGCCUCUGGGGCAGCAACUCUUGUGAGAGCCCACCUGCUCUGGAGAGGAGUUGUCCAGAGCCCCUCAACUUGCACUGGGGCACCGUUAAACUGAGGUCAUCGAUUGUGAGACAGCAGCAGCAUCAUCCCCUGCCCCUGAGCCCUGCCAACAUGGAGAGCCCAGCACUACUGCCAGCUGGCAGGGAUGGCCACAGUGAGCUGCCAGCUGCAAAAGAUGGAGCGCCCUUUGCCUUGACCCAUGUGCAGGAGGCGCUGACCCCCGGGCACCUGAAGAAGGCCAAGCUGAUGUUUUUCUUCACCCGCUACCCCAGCUCCACUCUGCUGAAGACCUACUUCCUUGAUGUGCAGUUCAGCCGCUGCAUCACCUCCCAGCUCAUCAAGUGGUUCAGCAACUUCCGUGAGUUCUACUACAUCCAGGUGGAGAAGUUUGCCCGGCAGGCCCUGCUGGAAGGUGUUGUGGAUGCCUGCUCUCUCCAGGUCUCCCGGGACUCAGAGCUCUUCCGUGCCCUCAACAUGCACUAUAACAAAGGGAAUGACUUCGAGGUGCCAGGGCGGUUCCUGGAGGUGGCCAGUCUGACACUGCAGGAGUUCUUCAGUGCCGUCAGGGCAGGCAAGGAUGCCGACCCCUCCUGGAAGAAACCCAUUUACAAAAUAAUUUCCAAACUCGACAGCGACAUCCCAGAAGGGUUCAAAGCUGCUGGCUGCUCCCAGGAACUGCUUCACAGCUGAGUCUCCGUGAAAGCAGCCCUGGGUCGUGUGUGCGGUCACCAUGUGCUAAGCACCUCAUGGGCACUCUGUACAGCACCUGUUAUUUGGGAUACUCUUUGAGGGCCAUGCACUC